AAGAAGCGACGCCUUCGAGGCUUAUUCUAUCUUUUUCGUCUUCUCAUUUUUGUGGAAAGAAUCAACAAUGAAGCUUCUUCUGUUAGCUGUUUGUGUCAUCGGAUUCGUUGCAUGUUAUGAAGUUGUACCGAGAGCAAGUGCUUUAAGACCGAGAGGAGAUGUUCGAAGAUCACCCCUCCCAUCAUUAUCGGCAUAUGCUCCUUUUGCUAAAUCUCUUCGUCCAGCUUCUACAGGAAUCCGACGUGCUCCAGCAGUUGUUACACUUCCAGCUCAAAAAGCUAAUCGUUCAGUGAAAAGAGCUCCAGCUAAACCACUUCCAAUGACACUUCCACUUCUUCCACCACUUCUUCCACUUCCACAAUUCAUUCCAGUACCUGUACCAGUCCUGUCUGCAGAAGGCCUUCCAACUCUUCCAACUCUUGCUCCACAUACUUUCCCAACUUUCACUCCAAUUCCUGGAAUGCCAACAAUGCCUGCAUUGACAAUGCCACCAAGUUUCCAACGUCUUCUUGGAAUCACAACUACAACUAUGAAACCAGCUGAAAAAGCUAUGGAAACUGUUCAAACUGAAGAAUCUGAUAAUGACACAACGUCCGAAGCUAGAGCUCAUAGCGCCCCAACAUACAGCAAAGAUCUGAAUACAAUUCGUUCAAGACUUUCAAAGUUUGUAAGAGGAAGUGAAAAGAAAGUGACAAAAGCAGAAGACAACGCUGAUUGGAUUGUUCCAUUCCAUUGAUCUCAUCAAAAUAUAAUAAUUUUAAUUAAUAAUAAAUAAUUUAAUUAAUUUAAUAAAUAUACCCGCG